CACCCCUUAAUAAAUUGCAUCAAAGAAAUGUUUUGAUUUUUUCAUAAAAUUUUCAUUCAUUAAAAAAUUAUAAUAAAAUAAAUAUGAAAUUAGCCACAAAUAUUAAUCAAUUAUGGUUUCGAAAACGUACCAAUAGUGAUGAAAAUCUGUGUACUUAUUUAUUUUUUGCCGUAUUGCGUAUAGUGCUAGUGUUUAUACCUCAAUUGGGUUAUGUGCAUCCCGAUGAAUUUUUUCAAACAGUGGAAGUGAUAAAUGGUGAUCAUUUUCGUUUGGAGCAUGUAAGAACUUGGGAAUUUAACAACACUUUACCGGUGCGCAGUAUAACACUACCCUUUAUGCUGUUAAGAGUGCCCUGGAGUUUUUUGGAAUUCUUUGCUGUUUAUUUCAAGGAAUACCUAAGUAUAGAUAUAUUAGUUAGUUAUACUUAUUUGGUAUUCCCACGCCUAAUCUAUUGUUUAUUAUCAUUUGUUAAUGAUUGGUCAUUGUAUCGAGUAUGCUGUUUGUAUAGCUUAAGAUAUGAGAUACGUUUAUUAGCUUUGGGCAGUAGUUGGGUUAUGUUAGUGUUUGGCACUCAUACCUUUUCGAAUACCAUAGAAAUGGCUUUGUGUUCUUUGCUUUUAUAUAUGGUGGCUGAAUGCAUGAUUACCACUAAUACGGUGGUUUAUAAAAAGGAAUUUCUAGAGGAAAAAUACGAUAAGGCUGCUUCUAUAGGAGAACGUGUUAAAAUAUGGAAACUGAAGACCGCUUUACCACCGCAUAACUUUAAUAGGCUCUUUGCCAUGUCUUCUGUUUGUGUGGCAGGUGUAUUCAAUCGUCCUACUUUUCUUUUAUUCGGUUCACCCAUGGUUUUCUAUUGGCUGUUGAGAGGAAUGGGCACUAAGACUGUUACUUUUUUAGAUUUUCAUUUACGCAUGAUUUUGUUUUGUUUAAGUGCCAUACCCUGCACAGUUUUCUUUAUAUUUUGCGACUCUUUGUAUUAUCAACAUUUAACCGCGGGAGAAAUACAAACUGGCCAUAUAAGUAUAGAUAAUUUUGUAUUUACUCCUUGGAAUUUUAUUAAAUAUAAUCUAGACUCUAAGAAAACUGCCGAACAUGGUUUACAUCCCAAGUAUAUACAUUUAUUUGUUAAUAUUCCUUUACUUUAUGGCAUUUUGGGUAUCAUAGCUUUGGUUUCUUUUGCCCACAUGAUGAUUAGGUUCUUUCGUGCUGAAUACCAGGGUUUACCUAGAGCACAAAGUAUAGUGGGUCUUAUGUCGGGUGCUAUAUUUAUACCUUUAUUCUUUCUUUCUCUUAUCAAUCAUCAAGAGCCUAGAUUUCUUAUACCCUUUACAUUUCCCAUUAUACUUUUACACGGACCCAAGUUAUUAACGGGCUUCUCAGCUCACUAUCCCUUUCGCAUGGAACAUCCUUGGCUCCGGCUUUUAUAUGAUAAAAUACUGUGUUCUAAAGUAUCGGCUGUGUAUGUUUUGAAAAUCUGGUAUAUUUCCAAUAUAACCUUAACCGUAUUCUUUGGUUUCAUACAUCAAGCCGGCAUAUUUCCUUUGACACAAUAUUUUGAACAAGCUGUUAAACUCAAAUCUCCCGAUCAACAUUUUCAUCUGAUUACCUCACAUACCUAUAUGGUACCGCUCUCGUUUAUCAACUUACCUAGUUCUCAGACGGUACAUUUUAAUCGCCAAACCAAACAACGUUAUAAAAAACAAAAAGAUUUCUAUCUUUAUGAAUAUGGUGGCAUGGAUUUGAAAAAUGUUAUUUCCAAACUUAAACUUAUAAUAGCAAAUAAUGAACUAAAAAAGGAAAGUAAAAAAAUUAGAUAUCGUGUUUUUCUAGCCCUACCCUCUUCCCUAAGCGAUGAUCUCGACUAUGUUUUGCAACAAAGCAAUGUAUCCUAUCUAACUUAUGAUCUCAAACGUAUUUUUUAUCCUCAUCUAUCUACCGAAGCAUUUCCUCAGUUUUUGGGUCGACAUCCUGCCAUAAUAGAUCCUCCUCAUUGGUCGGAAGAUAAUCUAAAGGGUUAUUGUAGUUUAGAGCAAGAACCUGAGCUAAGUUUUUCAUAUUUUAGUAAACAGUUUUCAUCGUUUAUACAUCAAUUUGGUUUGGCUUUAUAUGAGUUUGAAUUGAAACGUAAUCGUCCUAAACUAAAGAAUUCCCUAACAAAUGGCAAAUGUUAUAUUUGAUUAGGAGAGAACAAAAAUAAUACUAAUUGUUAGUUUUAAACCAAAGAUUUAGUUUAGUUUUAGUUUAUUUGAUUAAUUUUUUUAAUCUAAUCUUAAAAAGCAAGACAUCUAAGUAAAGACAAUAAGAAAGUUUUACUAUCACGGCUGCUAUCCUUAUUGUAAUAAGGCUUUCCUUAACAAAAAGCAAAAUCUAGUGUCUUUCUCUUAGUAUCUUUUAUGGCCUUUAGUUUUAAAACAUUUGUUUUUUUAACAAGACAUUCCUGUAAUUAUAUCAUGUGUCACUUUUUUGGUAUUUUUUUUAAGAAAUUAUUAUAUGCUUUUUAUAAUGUUAUAUUUACACUUGA